AUGAAGUCCUUUUCUGUUAUUCUCCUGGCCGUGGCAUCCGUCUCAGCCGCCCCAGCCGGCACUCUUCGCCGCGAUGUAGGCGAAUCCAGCAGUGGUAGCGUGGCUGCCCGGGCGGGCAUCUUAGACGCCUUUACCGGCGCCGUUCAGGGAGUCGUUGACACGGCAAGCGGUGUUGCUGGCGAUGCCAUCAACCUCGGUGCUCGGGCUGCUGACGAGCCCCUUGAGGACUUUGAGAGGAAGGAGGAGGAGGAGGAGGAGGCUGCUCGGACUGCGGCCAAGAGAGCUGUUAGGCUCGGCGCGCUCCAGGACUUUGAAAAGGAGGAGGAGGCAGAGGAUGCCGCUGCCGGUCUCGACACCCGUGAUCUUGAAGAUUUUGAAAAGGAGGAGGAGGCAGAGGAUGCCGCUGCCGGUCUCGACACCCGUGAUCUUGAAGAUUUUGAAAAGGAGGAGGAGGCAGAGGAUGCUGCGGCUGGUAUCAGCACCCGUGAGCUUGAGGACUUUGAAAAGGAGGAGGAGGCAGAGGAUGCUGCGGCUGGGAUCAGCACCCGUGAGCUUGAGGACUUUGAAAAGGAAGAGGAGGAGGAGGAGGCAAGGACAAACGCCAAGCGAGCCACCACGGCCAAUGGCCUCGAGGACUUUGAAAAGGAGGAGGAGGAAGAGGAAGCCCGGGAGGCCAAGGCCUCUGGACUAGACGCUCGUGCUGAGCCCGAGGAGGAGGAAUGCGUCAACGAAGAAGAUUAG